CAGAGAGCAUCAGUUGAAGCCAAUCAAUUGCCAAGAGCAUUUAGCACUUUUGCAAACUCAAACCGGAAUCAAUCCCAAUCCAAUCACCAUGAAAUUCUUCUCAGUUGUCACCGUCUUCGUGCUCGGCCUCUUGGCUCUGGCCAAUGCUGUUCCCCUGUCCCCUGAUCCCGGCAAUGUCAUCAUCAACGGCGACUGCAAAUACUGCAAUGUCCACGGUGGAAAGUAGACGGAUCGGGACUGUCCAUGAUGGCCAUAGCUUACCUCAACCCGAAGUAACAAUAUUUAAGCUUAAAACA